GGACCUAGAGGGAGGAAUGUUGUUCUUGAUGAUCCUGGAGUUCCUAAAGUGAUCAAUGAUGGGGUAACAAUUGCUCGGGCUGUUGAACUUUCAGAUGCAAUUGAGAAUGCUGGGGUGAUGUUGCUUCAAGAGGUAGCAUCCAAGACAAAUGAUUCUGCAGGUGAUGGAACGACAACUGCAAUAAUUUUGGCUCGAGAAAUGAUUAACUCAGGAAUGUUGGCUGUUGCCUCUGGAGCUAACCCGGUUUCCUUGAAGAAAGGAAUCGAGAGGGCUGUUUCUGAAGUAGUCCUAAUCUUGAAGAGUAAAUGCUGUCCGGUCAGUGGAAAAUGUGAUAUACAAGCUGUGGCCUCAAUUUCAUCUGGAAAUGAUGAAUUUGUUGGGAACCUGAUUGCUGAAGCUAUUGAUCGCAUUGGUAGUGAUGGAGUGAUCUCAGUGGAAUCAUCUUCAUCCUUUGAUACCACUAUUGAAGUUCAGGAAGGGAUGAAGAUUGACAAGGGAUAUAUGUCUCCGCACUUUGUCACAAACCAGGAUAAGUCAAUUGUUGAAUUUCAAAAUGCUAAAGUUCUUGUUACAGACCAGAAGGUGACAAGUGUUAAUUACAUUAUUCCAUUGUUGGAAAAAACCAUUCAGCUUAGUGUUCCGCUAUUAAUCAUUGCGGAGGACAUUUCAAGAGAAGUGUUGGCUACAUUAGUCAUGAAUAAACUGAAUGGAGUAAUUAAUGUAGCCGCUAUCAAAUGCCCUGGUUUUGGUGAAGGAAAGAAGGCUCUUUUGCAAGAUAUUGCUCUCAUGACUGGUGCUGAUUUUCUUGCGAGUGACCUGGGCUUGACUCUUGAAGAUGUAACCUCAGACCAGCUAGGAAUUGCAGAGAAGAUAACAAUAACAAGUGAUUCAACAACUAUUGUGGCUGACCCAUCUACAAGAGCUGAGAUCCAAGCUAGAAUCUCACAGAUAAAGAAAGAUUUAGCUGAAGCUGAUGGUGCAUAUUUAACAAGAAAGCUCUCUGAAAGGAUAGCAAAACUAUCUAGUGGUGUAGCUGUUAUCAAGGUUGGGGCACACACAGAGGCUGAACUUGAAGACAGGAAGCUCCGAAUUGAGGAUGCAAAACAUGCAACUUAUGCUGCCAUAGAGGAGGGCAUAGCACCUGGUGGUGGUGCAACCUAUGUACAAUUAUCAAAGAAUAUACCUGCAAUCAUGGAUCAAAUUGAAGAUCCAGAUGAGAAAAUUGGUGCUGACAUAGUUCGAAAGGCACUUCUUGUACCUGCGUCAUCAAUAGCUGCCAAUGCUGGUGUUGACGGAUCAGUGGUUGUGGAGAAGCUUCUUGCUAAUGAAUGGAAAUUCGGGUACAAUGCAAUGUCUGGAAAAUAUGAAGACCUGCUCACAUCUGGAGUGAUAGAUCCAUGUAAGGUUACAAGGUGUGCACUUCAGAAUGCGGCCUCUAUUGCUGGAGCAGUUCUUAUGACCCAAGCUGUCCUGGUUGAUAAGAUUAAGAAGCCCAAACCUGCUGUUCCUCUUGUCCCGGGAAUUAAUCCAUAAUUCGGCUGACUGAAUUGAGCUAAAGCUGACAAAGAGGAAACGGAAGCUUGAUGCUAAACUAAUAAAAGCUCUAGUUUUACCUCCAAGAACAAUUUUGAUGUGUUUCCAAAUUAAAUAGCACUGCUGGGUUGCUGACAAGUUUGAUUAACAAAUUUCUUAGAGAAAGAAAGGUUACUUGAUAUGAAUAUAUAACUCUCUGGAGGUUCUGCUUUACUCAUCAUUAAGGAGAAUUAACGGACAGUUUCAAUAACCAAUCAUGCAAAUCUCUAUUUUGUUCAAGCAUCUGGAUUCAAGUUUGGAAAGCUUCCCUUUCUGAUUGAAUUCUGAAUAUUUUGAAGAGGUUGGAAAGCUGUCUAUUUUAAAGGACAUGCACAGGACUCCGGUUUCGUUGAUGCAAACUCCUGUGCCAUUGCAAAGGCUUUCUUCAUGAAAGAAAUCUUUCAGUAGCAAGCGUGUGCGCUGAAUGUAGUCUCCCGUUGUCUUCAAACACUGAAACAACAGAAGA